AUGGCAGUAGACCGCGUCCAAACGGUACACAGGGGACAGUCGGUGGAGUUCUCUGCGGAGUAUUCCGUCCAGAUUUCUGGGGAUACCGAUCCACGUGGCCGGGUUCGGACGGGAGGGGUCACUGUGUCUGAGACCCGGUGCUGCCACUGCGUACCGCGCGCCGUGCGUCUCACCUUUACGCCCGACUCACUGGAGAGACUUUACCAAAGCUAUUUCCGCCGGCAGAGACAAAAGAGUCUGUUGGUGAUGGUCAUGUUUGCCGCCCUUUUCAACAGCUUCAUCAUCAUCAUGUGCGCUGUAGUUUAUACGCAGGAUAAAGUGGCGAUGAUAGUCGUAGCAGCGGCGGGUUUAGCCGCAGACAUAGUUUUGUACGUUUUGUGUUACUUUCAAAAACUUCCCUCAUCACCUGUUCUACGCGGAGCAGUGCCAUACGUCCUGUGGCUUAUGAUAAGUGUGCACGUUUUGUGUUACUUGGGGCUAAACUAUGAGCCAGCCCCUCACGCCAGUAACUCGGUGGGAUGGCAGGCCUUCUUCACCUUCUCCACCUUCCUGACGCUGCCACUGAAGCUCGUGCCGCUAAUCCUGCUCAGCGCGGUCUCCUGUGGGGUGCACGUGCUCGUGCAGGGGGUCACUGUGGCCCAGAGGUUCAACGAGAACUUGCAGGGGCCUCUGCUGGUCAGACAGCUUCUAGCUGAUGUGAUGCUGUACCUGUGUGCGGCCACAGUGGGAGUAAUGUCAUACUACAUGGCAGACAGGAAAUACAGGACAGCUUUUCAGGAGGCACGCCAAUCACUGGAAGUCAAGCUAACGCUGGAGGACCAGAGCACUCAGCAG